GAAGUCAAAAUCAAAAUCGGCAAAAACAAAAACGAUCAAGGUACAUGCAAAUUAUAAGUCAAGAAGAGGAAAAUUAGUCAGAAGCCGUUCUCAUAAACGUCGCCAAUGGGCUCAUAAAAAGUCACCAGUGAAAACUAAACAAAACGUUAAAGAAAAGAACGGCGUACCGAAUUUGCAAAAAUAUCUAUAUCGGGUGUGUAAUCAACUUGCUGAAUCAAGUGUCGAUAUUGCUACGGUUUAUCCGGCCAAUGCUCCUAAUAUUGCGAAAAAUCCGGUAUUGCUUUGUCUUACAAUGGAAGAAUGUCACCAUCUUCCACCAACAUUUAAGGGUUUUUCCGUGAUACAGAAACCGUUCUUUUCAAAAUCGACAGAAUCAGGAUCUUACAUUAAUGAGAAGUAUCAAUAUGAUUCACAAAGUUGUAAAGAGAUAGACGAAACAAUCGCUUUUCAUGCGGAAUCAUUGAUGAUGAAACACACAAACUUAGAAGCUAUCAAAAUGGGUUAUGUUCGCUCUUCAAAAUUUGGCAUACUACAUGAGCUACAAGAGCCAUGCAUUGUUUUACUUUGUCGCUGCAAAUCCUAUAUUCCAGUAAAUGAGCCUGAAUUCCCUAGACUACUAAAACAUCCAUCAUCUAAAACAUAUUACCCCACUGAUGUAAGGGAAGGCUAUUCUUCUUUGUGUUCUUCAUUAACUAGGAGUCCUUGUGAUUGGAAUAGGGAACUUGCAAUGGGCUGCAGCAUUGGACAAGAAAAUGGUGGACCCAGCGCUUCUCUCGGACCAUUUGUCAGCAUUAAGGAAACAAAUGAGCUUUGCUUCCUUACAGUUCGGCAUUUAUUUCAACCAUUAGACAUACCUGAUGGGAGACUUUUAGGAAUACAUGUAGUACAGCCGGCAGAUAGUGACUAUGGUUUGAGACACCAAAUGGCAUUGAAUAACCGACGGUGUGGCACCGUAAAAGUUGCAGAACUAAGUACCAAUAUCGAUGCUGCAUUGGUGGUGAUAAAACCGACUCGUACUCCGAGUAGAGGAUCUUUCGUUGGUAUACGACAGAGUGAUUUAGAUGACACAGGUUUUGCCCCGAGUUCCUAUCCAACUUACGAUGAUGGUUGUGUCAAAGAUGCAAGACAAUUUGUUGGACAUGACUACGCCCAUGACAGAGUUAUAAAAUUUGGCAAACAAACUGGUUUAACCAAGGGUGCUAUUCAGACUCGAAACAUGGCCGUGAGAUUAAGAGAUGACAUGGGACAUAUACAAUAUGGCGGUCGCAUUCAGAGUCGUUUAAUGCUAAAACAGCUUCAGGUAGACUCGUUUGCAAGGAAAAUCUUUUUCGAGCAAGGGGACUCUGGAUCUGCUGUUUUUUCUGUUGACAGAAAUAACAAACUGCACUGUAUAGGGAUGGCAAUUGGAGUAACGUCAGAUUACACGUGCAUUGUUACGCCUAUUCAAGAAAUAUUAGAAAGGCUAGGAAAGAAACUGGGAAGGACCUUAGAGUUGAAGGCAUUUCCAUCUGAAAGUAUGGAUUUUUAGAAAUUUAGAUGCUUAAUUAUUACUAGUAAUCCAUUUCUUCUGUAUAUUGUAUAUAUUAUUAUACAAU